AUGGAAGACAAAAAGAUGAGUACUGAGACUGAGGAGGCAAAGAACAUGAUGACAAACCAAGCAUGGCCAUUCUCCCCAGCCAAUGAGCGUGCAGACCAGGACCAGAAUGAAAAGCAGGAGCAGGGUCAGGACAUGGAGGAGCAGUGCAGUGACCAGUAUCAGACCAUCACAGGGAGAUGCAAUAACAAGAGGAGACCCUGGCUUGGGUCCUCCAAUCAGGCCCUGGCCCGCUGGCUGCCGGCCGUAUAUGAGGAUGGGAGAAGCCUCCCUUUGGGUUGGACACCAAAAAAAAAGCACAAUGGCUUUUCCCUCCCUCUCGUGCGGGAUGUUUCCAACACGAUCAUGGGAUUCUCUACUGCCAAACUGACCUCUGACUUGCGCCUGACACUCAUGGUCCCACAGUUUGGGCAGUUCCUCGAACAUGACUUAGUCUUCAAUGACAUGUUUUCAGACAGAAACUACUUUCAGAUAGGUGCUGACUGCCACAAGACCUGUGCUCAGAUACCGCCUUGCUUCCCCAUCAAGGUGUCUCCCUCUGACCCACGCUCUGAGAGCAUCGGGGACUGCCUGCCCUUCUUUCGCUCGACAUCUGCAUCCUCUGAUAACAGGAGCCAUGUGCGUGAGCAGAUGAACGUGGCCACCUCCUUCCUGGAUGCCAGUAUGGUGUACGGCAGCGACGAGUUCAUGGCCCAGCGGCUGCGCAAUCUCACAGAUCCAAACGGGCUGCUGGCUGUCAAUCAAAUGUUCCAAGAUCAGGGCCGAGCACUGCUGCCCUUUGACAAUGUGGUCCCCGACCCCUGCCAGCUCACCAACCGUUCUGCCAACAUCCCCUGCUUCCUGGCAGGUGAUCCCCGAGCCAGUGAGACCCUGGCAAUGAUGGCCCUGCACACCCUGUUUCUGCGAGAGCACAACCGACUGGUGAUGGAGCUGAAGCGCCUGAACCCCCACUGGUUUGGGGAGCAGCUGUACCAGGAGGCUCGCAAGAUCAUGGGUGCUAUGAUCCAGAUUAUCACCUACCGAGACUUCCUGCGCAUGCUUCUGGGUCCAGUCCACUAUGCUCGUUUCAUAGGGCCAUACCAGGGUUACUGCUACAAGGAGGAUCCUCGGGUAGCCAACAUCUUCACCAUGGUCUCCCGCUUCAGCCACACCAUGAUGCAGCCCUUUGUGCCUCGCUUGGACAGCCAGUACCGUGCCACCAGCCCUACCUCGAAGGUGGCCUUGAGUGAUGCCUUCUUUGCCACCUGGCGUGUGGUACAUGAAGGUGGCAUUGACCCCAUCCUCCGAGGCCUCAUAGCCACACCUGCUAAGAGCAACCAGCAGAAUGCCAUGGUAGUUGAUGAGCUUCGGGAGCGGCUGUUUAAGAGUGUGAGCAGGGUUGGGCAGGACUUAGUAGCCAUCAACCUGCAACAAGGCCGAGAUCAUGGCAUCCCAGGGUACAAUGCAUGGAGGGGCUACUGUGGCCUCUCCCAGCCCAAGACCCUGGCUGAGCUCAGCGUGGUGUUGAAAAACCAAAUCUUGGCAAGAAAGUUCAUGGAGCUCUACGGGACGCCUGACAACAUUGACCUGUGGGCCGGGGCCAUUGCUGAGCCCUUUGUUAAAGGGGGCCGUGUGGGGCCUCUCCUGGCUUGUCUGUUGGGGAAGCAGUUCCGCAUAAGCCGCAGUGGAAACAGGUUCUGGUGGGAGAAGCCAGGCGUCUUCACAGAGAGGCAGCGGGAAGAACUGCGCAGAAUUUCCUUGUCAGCAAUCAUUUGCGACAAUACCGGCAUCAUCACCGUGUCCAGAGAUGUUUUCAGAAACGCCAAACACCCGGAGCAAUUUGUGAGCUGCAGAGACAUCCCCAGGAUGAACUUGUCCUACUGGCAAGGCCAAUGA